GGAAACACCUGGCAACGUCAUACGAACGGCAACGCUUCUAGCAGAAAUCUUUAGCCGCAAAGAAGAACUUUGUAACCAAAUCCUCGUCAGUAACUUUUUGAAACAUCACGUAAUAUGGCGACUACCGGUGAUAUUUCGUUUCCCGGCGAUGCUGAUAAAAAACAUUCUUGCUCGCUCAUGGAUUCUCUUGGUCUUAGUUGCAUGAAAGACUCUAAAAUGGCUUGCCCGAUAACAAUGGCGUCAGGUGCAAGCUACGGUCUUUUGGCUGUUAAUAUGUUCAGCCCAGACCUUAUGCACAAAGUCUCUCCGAAUCGUGAUCUCACAAACGUUUUGAUGGGCACAACUUUAGUUGGAGGUUCUCUGUAUUUGGCAUCGAGGCCCCAUUUGGCUGCAAUUAAGGACAAAAAGCAAAAAAUCCUUUUCAGUGUUUUUGGCUCAACCAUGUUCACAUUGGGUUCACUACUACUAUGGGCAAUGACACGAGUCCUUGUUCCUGACAACACCCCAGUUCGUGUAGUUGUUGCAGCAGGAACCAGUAUUGUCCUCCUCAAGACAGGUGUGGCUUACAUGGACCACAUCGAUGCUGAAAAGAAAUCCAAAUAGAUUCUUCUACCAUUUUGCAUGUAGAUAUUGUCUUGUCUACUCUUUAAUAGUCGUUUUCCAGCAUACAAAUUCGUCGUUCCA